AUAAAAUCCUUAUAAGUACAGCCCUACAGUAUGACACUGCCAGUUGGCCACUUAUUAUGUAAUGCAAUUAAUUGUUCAGUUUUUGUUUUUGUUUUUCAGGUAAAUCUAGUACAGUAGUAGCCAAGGCUACGAAUUUUGUCCUGGGACUUAGAAAAUUCAUCUGAAAAGACGAUUGGCCUAGGUUAGCGUCAAUCAACACAUGUGCGUCGUUUAGCGAAUGGAAGGCGUGCAUUUCGCAUGUAGUGAGCAGACAUAAACACCGCUAUGUGAAAAGAAAUGGGGUUUAUUUCGACAAUUAUUUUGCCGUUGUUUUCCGAAACACCUCAUCUUCUAUCGAUCAGUCUCUCGUAAAGAAUUGUAUUGACAUAUUCUGAAUGGAAUUAAAUGGUCAUAAGUCUGACGAUGGAACGUCGGGGGAGUGCGAGAACGAUGAAGUCGUUAGACCGAAACAGCUCAAGCAACAGCAGCAGCGUCCAUGGAGGAAGACGCCGAGUAGCGUUAGCUCACUUGCUACUGCCAACAUGGAGGACGCAUCAGCCGGGGGCAGUGCCUCAACCGCUCGGCGUCAAUCCAGCUCGACCAGCGCUAGACAAAGGAUGGACUCGCUGAAAAAGAACAGGCCCCCAUUCCCCUGGUUUGGCAUGGAUAUUGGUGGUACGCUGGUGAAGCUAGUGUACUUCGAGCCGACGGAUGUGACCGCGGAGGAGGAGCAGGAGGAGGUUGAGAACCUGCGCAGCAUCCGACGGUACUUGACAUCGCACACGGCCUACGGGACCACCGGCAUCCGCGACGUGCACCUGGAGCUGCCGGGACUGUCGCUCUGCGGUCGCACGGGCAGCCUGCAUUUUAUUCGAUUUCCCACACAUGACAUGGCCGCUUUCCUACAGAUGGUCCGCGACAAGCACUUCUCCAGUCUGCACACCACACUCUGCGCCACCGGAGGUGGGGCUUUCAAGUUUGAGCAGGAAUUUUUCCAGAUGGCAGAGCUGGAGCUGUACAAGCUGGACGAGCUGGAGUGCCUGAUCCGCGGUGUCCUUUACAUCGACUCGGUGGUGCCGUCCGAGUGCUACUACUUUGAGAACCCCACGGACCUCGAGCACUGCGAGGAGAAGGCCUUCCCCCUGGAGAACCCCUACCCUUUCCUAUUGGUCAACAUCGGCUCGGGGGUCAGCAUCCUGGCCAUCUACUCCAAAGAUGACUACCGCCGCGUCACUGGAACCAGUCUGGGAGGUGGUACGUUCCUGGGCCUGUGUUGCCUGCUGACUGGCUGCAGCACCUUUGAGGAGGCCUUGGAGAUGGCCUCGCGGGGGGAGAGCACGCACGUGGACAAGCUGGUCCGGGACAUCUACGGGGGGGACUACGAAAGGUUCGGCCUGCCGGGGUGGGCUGUCGCCUCCAGAACAUUGAGAGAGUGGUGUUCGUGGGGAACUUCUUGCGAGUGAACACCCUGUCGAUGAAGCUGUUGGCCUACGCCAUGGACUACUGGAGUAAGGGACAGCUGAAGGCUCUCUUCUUCAGACACGAGGGCUAUUUUGGAGCUGUGGGAGCAUUGUUGGAACUUCUGAAUCCGUCCUGAAUGUUUCAUCGUGCAUGCACGCACACGUCUUGCACAUUGCACACUUAAUGUCUGAACUGUUAAUCCACUCCUAUACCCAAGAUUGGGGUGGUGGUAUCUCCAACUGGGCCCUUCCUCUUUGCCCUCUUCUCAGGCCAAAUUUGAGAUGUUUACCCAUUUUGUUAAAAAAAGUGCACUGUGUUAAGAACACAAUGAUGUAAAUCAUAUUCUGUUCAGUACUCUAAAUGGUGAAUAUUUAAGAUUCGGCUUUAAAGCCCAUCACCAUGGUGCCUUAUUGAUUUGCUAAACCACUUACGCUGUGGACAUAUGCUGCGCUCGAUGGUGUUUAUCGAGACAAUUAGCCCCGUAGUGGGCUUAGACCAUGUUAGUGUUCGUGUGGUAUGAUGUAGCACUUAGUUAAAGAUGAAAACAAAAAAAACUUUGUAGACUGGCAAAGGUAUGUCCGCAUCUCUGCGUGGGAUCUUUGAAGAUUGUUAUGAAGAUCAGAUUUGCAUUGGAGGUUGAUUGUAGGCCUUCUGCUAUCCCCAUCAGUUAGAGGCAGGGCUUGGUGCAGUAUACUGUCGACAAUCAGAGUGAAGACCUUUUCAGGUCUACUUCAGCUGGAUAGUAGAGCCAAAGACCUUUACGUCCUGUUACAAUGUCAAACCAAAGAUCUCUUUUUCUGUUCCCAAUGUUUCUAGUUGGGUAUGUUACAAUGGAAUGUGGAUCAUUUUGUGAAAUUGGCUUUUUGAUAUUAAUGUUGAGCUUUGUCAGAGACAUUUCAGCUGAUGUUGGACCAUACACCUAAACCACACAAGCGGCGACUGAAAUUCAGAGAUUAACUGUCUUAUUUGUUUGGUAAGAUUGAAAUGAAAAUGAUCUCAUACUUUAAGUUUAUAAAAGACUGGAUUUUCUCUGAAGUGCCUGAAAGAUGACUUGCUUUGAAAAAAACAGAAAAAAUAAAGCCAUUUUUAUGCUAAAUAUAUCAUCAGUUUAGGCUUUUGUCAAGGAGCUAAUUGUGACCUCCAAAAGUUACAUUUCUACUCUUUUUGUACUAUAAAAAAUACUGUUUCAAUAAAAUGUGUUCUAAAAGAA